AUGCCUGGCGGCCUCGUUGGCGACCACCGCUACGACGAACAGCAACAACGCGGGCCACCAGCAACCGGGCAGCGGCAGCGCCGUGGUCGACGACGUCUUCUCCCCAACAACGAAGCCGGGAGCGCCGGCGCCGGCGGCCCAGGCAGCAGCCGCGCCGCGCGCAGGACAAAGAUGAAGGACGAGUCAGUCAUUGGGGCAGAGGUGUCGUUCUCACGCGCGAGUGCGUUAAAAGGCAUGUCAGGCGUGAUGGCGGGGCUGUUGUUGGCGGGGGUGGGGGGGGGGCUUGGAGGGAUCGUCGGCGCGCCGGCCGCGGCGAGGGCUGAGCAAGGGCACAAGGAGCAGCAAGAUAAGGAAGGGGCGUUGGAGGAGUACGCGUCGCCCGACGGGAGCUUCGCGCUGCGGUACCCGGUCGGCUUCAAGGGGUUCUCCAAGCCGCUCAAGACCCACAAAGUCGAGGUGAACUUCAAGAGCGAGGAGGUGAAGGGGUACGAGGUUGGCGUGGCGAUCGACCCGGUUAGGAUAGAGUCCCUGGAGACGUUUGGAACUCCUGAGGAAGUAGGCGCGAGGGUGCUCAAGGUGGAGCAGGCAAAGGACGGGACGCUAGACACCAAGCUCUUGGACACUAGCGCGGAAAAGCAGGGGGACUUGUCGCUCUACACCUUGGACUACUUCGUGGAAAGCACGAGGGGCUUCAAGCACUUCGUCGCGAAGGUGACCAUCAAGGACAACCUCCUGUACGCUUGCACGGCGCAGGCCAAGGAAAAGGAUUACCCUCAGGUGGAGGCUGAGCUAAAGCGCGUUGUCGAGAGCUUCCGGGUCCUGGCGUGA